AUGUGUCCAACAUCAGUGUUCGCAGACCCACGAACAACGCAUUUCUUCGUGUUUGCUUCGUUCCGCGCUCCGAUACUACCGCCAGUAACGGAAGGCCCGAGUCCAACAGGUGGCUCAUCGUUUGACGCAAACAUGGACGAUCUCACGUCGCGCCUGGGCAGCAUGUCGGUCCUACUGCAAGGAUCUUCGCAGGACGACGAGACAACCAAGCUGAUGGAGGCCAUGGCUGCGAUCUCGAUAGACUCGGACACCUGGCAGCAGCGCCGCCCUCCGGCAAUAGGACUCCGAGGACCCGGAGCCGCUUUCCAGGUGAUGGGAGAUCCGGUAGCCAGGGACGCAAGCAACACCUUCAGGAUUGGGAUCAAGAAUAACGACGGGUCGCCAAAGCGCAAGGGAACCCGGUUCAGCUCUCGCCUCCGCGACCUCAAGUGUAAGGCCCGCGAUGGCCAGCCUGUGGCCGAAACGGGCGAUAGUGCGAGAAAGCGCCAAAACAAGAACAAAUCCCCCGUGUGGCGUGUCGAGCGCCGGGACAGAAACGCAAGGUUCAUGGGGAAACACCGUUACGGCUAUGUGUUUGACACUGCGCGCUGGGGUGGUGACAUGGAUGAUGGCGCUGCGACUCGUGGUGGAUCGGCUACUAACGCGACAGGCACCGAACACGACGAGAGCCCUUGCACAAUUUGGGACGAGUGCAUGGGGGGCGAAGAAACUGAACCUGGGCCGCAGGGGGGCCGUGCCGCCGCUGACCAAACGGCGUUGAAUGCCAACAUUGUAGGGAAAAAUAUCUCGGUUGAGGGCGACCAGAGAAAGUUCCUCAUCCUCCUGUAUCACUUGCACACGUGCCGUGCGGACGGAGACGGCGAAACGUGUCAAGUUACUAAGCAUUGCCCAGCCCUGAGGUGGACGUGGCGCCAUAUGAAGACAUGCGAAGCAACGGUUUGCCCCGUCGCGGAAGCCAUUUGCACCAGGUUAAGCAGCCUCGUGCAUCACCUUUACCACUGCGACAAGGCCUGCAGGCUAUGCGACUGCGUGGGGUACGUGAGUUGCGGCGAUCAACACGUUGGCGAUGACACGUAG